AUGGCACAAGGAUCAAAGGUGUUCAAGAAGACCAGCCCCAACAGCAAGCUUUCCAUCUACCUGGGCAAGAGAGACUUUGUGGAUCAUGUGGAGUCAGUGGAUAGUGUAGAUGGUGUCUGCCUGAUCGACCCAGAGUACCUAAAGGACAGGAAAGUGUAUGUCACCUUGACCUGCGCCUUCCGCUACGGCCGCGAUGACCUCGAUGUGAUCGGCUUGACCUUCAGGAAGGACAUCUACGUCCUCACCACCCAACUCUACCCACCAGUGCCGGACCAGACCCCCAAAACCCUCACUCCUCUGCAGGAGAAGCUGUUGAAGAAGCUUGGGGAGAAUGCUUAUCCCUUCACCUUCGAGAUUGCCACCAACCUGCCCUGCUCCAUCACCCUGCAGCCUGGGCCAGAUGAUGUGGGAAAGGCCUGUGGUGUGGACUUCGAGGUCAAAGGCUUUUGUGCUGAAAACCUGGAGGAGAAAAUUCACAAGAGGAACUCUGUGCGCCUCAUCAUCCGCAAGGUGCAGUUUGCACCUUCUCAGAGAGGACCAGCCCCAAAAGCAGAGACCACCAGGCAGUUCAUGAUGUCUGACAAGCCUCUGCACCUUGAAGCAACCCUGGACAAGGAAAUCUACUACCACGGAGACGCCAUCAACGUGACUGUCAACAUCAACAACACCACCAACAAGGUUGUGAAAAAGAUCAAGAUUACAGUGGAUCAGAUCACAGACGUGGUCCUCUACUCCCUGGAUAAAUACACAAAGACUGUGUGCAGUGAGGAGAUAAAUGAGAAUGUGGCAGCCAACUCCACCUUCUCCAAGACCUAUUCCGUGACGCCUCUGCUCUCGAACAACCGCCAGAAGAGAGGUCUUGCCCUUGAUGGAAAGCUCAAGCAUGAGGACACCAACUUGGCCUCCACCACCAUCCUGAGACCUGGCAUGGACAAGGAGGUGCUGGGCAUCUUGGUGUCCUACAAAGUGAAGGUCAACCUGGUGGUGUCCCGAGGAGGGAUCCUUGGGGAUCUCACUUCCAGUGAUGUUGGGGUGGAGCUGCCUGUCAUCCUGAUGCACCCAAAGCCUGAGGACAGUAAGCCUUCCAGCGAGGAGGACAUCGUCAUCGAGGAAUUCGCUCGCCAGAAGCUCAAGGGAGAGAAAGACGACGAAGAAGACAAGGAGGAAGCUGAGAAGGAGGAGAGCUAA